AUGCGUUUCCAGGCUCUUCUUACCACAUUGCUUGCGGCGCUGCAGCUGGUGAGCGCGGCGACGUAUACGAACCCGCUCAAAGAUCCGAAUGGUAGUGAUCCGCAUAUUGUGUACACUGGCGGGUACUACUACCUCACUACGACGACAUGGACGAAUAUCCAAUUGACCAGGGCGACAACGCUGGGUGGGUUGAAGACGGCGACGCCCAAGGUGGUUUGGACGGAUACUACCACUGCGAGGUCGGGGAACUUUUGGGCUCCUGAGCUUCAUUAUAUCGAUUCUAUCUGGUACCUCUACUACACCGCUGGAACUGCCGCCUGCUGCGACAACCAGCACCUCCACGUCCUCGUCGGUGGCUCCAGCCCUUGGGAUACAUACAGCUACAAGGGACAGCUCAGCACGGUCUGGGGUAUCGACAGCACCAUCCUCCGCUUCCCCUCCCAGAUGUACCUCGUCUGGUCACGCUUCUCCCCCAACGGCCUACAGAGCCUGUACAUCGCCCCAAUGUCAAACCCAUGGACCAUCGGCACGCCAUAUCUUCUCUCGGAGCCAACACUCAGCUGGGAGACGGUCAACAACCCGGUAAACGAAGGACCUGCGGCUAUGUACUGGGGCGGAAAGACAUAUAUCGCCUAUGCGGCGAGUGAUUGCUGGACCACGAGUUACCAGAUUGGGCUGUUGACGUACAAGGGCUCUGGCGACCCAUUGUUGGCUGCUUCGUGGACAAAGACUGGGCCAGUCUUCUCGAGCGCAAAUGGAAACUUGGGGACGGCGCAUAAUGGAUUCUUCAUGAGUCCUGAUGCGACAGAGGUGUGGAAUGUAUACCACGCUACUGCAGUUACUACUGGCGCUUGUGAUGGUAGGAGGUACACCAUGGCCCAGAAGGUGAACUGGAACUCGGACGGCACACCGAACUUUGGGGUUCCGCCCGCGUUAUCUUCGGUGCUUACGGGUCCAUCUGGCGAAUAG